AUGUAUCUAAUUACUAUUAAGAAAAAGAAUUCCCUUAAUUUCUUACCAAUACCUUUGUCCAAAUUUACUUCAGCUUUUGGUCUUGAUAAAAAUGAGGUUAAAGGUUAUUAUCCUUAUUUAUUUAACACGAAAGCAAACUAUAAUUAUGUUGGAGAAAUUCCAAGCACUGAAAUGUUUGCUUUGAAUAAUUUUAACUCACAUGAGCUAGAAAAAUUUUAUUUAUGGUACAACAACUUGAAGAAAUCAAAUUAUGUUUACAAUAACAGAGAAGAGUUAAUAAAAUAUUGCAUCCAAGAUGUAAAUGUAUUACGUCAGGGAUGCUUAAAAUUUAUGAAUGAUUACCUUCAAUUAUUGAAUAUUAACCCUUUCUUUGAAACCUUUACUUUAGCACAAGCUUGUUUGACUGCAUACCAAAAACAUUUUCUAAAAGAAAACACCUUAGGUGUAACUCCCAUUAACAAUUAUAGUAAAAAAAAAAAUCAAUCUUUAAUUGGCCUAAUGUGGCUUGAAUUCAAAAAUCAAGCUAGCUGUGGUAAAAUUAAAUAUGAAUAUGAUUUACCAGAUUGCAACUUUACAGUAGACGGCUUUAAUCCAAACACAAAUACGGUUUAUGAAUUUUUAGGAUGCUUUUACCAUGGAUGCGAAGACUGUUUCUUCGAUAGAAAUUUAGUUGUCCAUGGGUAUAAAAUGCAGGCUAGGUUUGAAAAUGCUAUGUGCAAAAUAGCAGUUUUAAAACAAAGUGGAUAUAAUGUGUGCUGUGAAUGGGAAUGUGCUAUUUUUGGAGGUCGCACCGAAGUAUUUAAAUUAUACUAUAAAAUCCAAGCAAAUGAAAAAAUUUGCUACUAUGACUUCACCUCCCUCUACCCAUAUGUAAACAAAAAUUGUAAAUAUCCAAUAGGACAUCCUAAAAUUUAUAAUUCUCAAGAAUGUUUACAAUUUGAAAAUGAUAUCAGUAAAAUAGACGGUUUAAUUAAAUGUGCGGUUCUACCACCGCAAAACUUAUGGCUGCCAAUCUUACCAAUCCGCGCUAACAACAAAAUGUUGAUGGUUUUAUGUCGCUCAUGCGCGGAAAUGGAAAAUGUGUUGUAUAAAUGUACUCACAACGAUAAAGAAAGAAUGCUUUUUGGCACAUGGACGGAUAUGGAAUUAAAAUUAAGUGUGAAAUACGGGUACACAAUAAUAGAAAUACAUGAAAUUUGGCAUUAUGAUUGCGAAACUUAUGAUUCAAUAUCUAAAACAGGUGGACUUUUUACUGACUACAUGAAUUUUUUUAUAAAAUACAAGACUGAGGGUUCUGGUUAUCCAACUGGUAUACAAACUAAAUCUGAACAAGACGCAUACAUAAAGGAUUUUUUUGAAAAUGAAGGUGUGAUGUUAGAUAAAUCAAAAAUUGCUCUCAAUCCUUCACUGCGAAAUCUGGCGAAACUAAAAUUAAAUUCAUUUUGGGGAAAACUAAUACAACGAAAUGACCGUCAUUCAACAACUGUUGUACAAACCAUCACACAAUUUCAUAAUUUAAUACAUUCAAGCGGUAUAUCAGUAUCGGACAUAUUUACUGCCAGCGAGCACCAGGUGUGGAUCAACUGGAAAUACAAUUAUCCUGAAUUGAAUCCCGUUCUCAAAAAUCAAUGUUUAAUAGUUGGAGCUUUUACGACAGCGCAUGCUCGAUGCUUAUUGUAUAAUGAAAUAACCAAAAUUGGAAAAAAUCUUUUGUAUUGCGAUACGGAUUCUAUGAUUUUUGUUCAGCAUACUGAUAAUGAGUAUGACUUAAAGACAGGUACUUUAAUUGGAGAUUUAACUAACGAAUUUACAUCAUACGGAAAGAAUGUUUACGGCACAGAAUUUGUAUCAACAGGACCCAAAAGUUAUUCAUAUCGUUAUUAUAACCCGGAUACUGACAAAUACGGAGAAGUUGUUAAAUGUAAAGGAAUAACAAGUAAUAAAAAUGGAACAUCACUAAAUUUUGAGCACAUGAAACAAAUAGUUACCGAUCCUUUUGGAAGCAAUAAUUUGUAUUUCGUAACACCAAACAAAAUUAAGCGUAAGAAACAUUUUCACGUUACUUCAGAAGAUGAAAAGAAAAAAUUUGGCUUUACAUUUACGAAACGUGCUUGCCGUGAUAAUUUUGAAACAAUUCCUUAUGGUUUCUUAAACAGUUAA